AUGAAGUUGUAUUCCAUCUUAAUCCUACGCAAAGAUGCCGACAAAGCCAAGAUCUUGACCUCCCAGUUUGAUUUAUCAAGCUUUGGCUAUUUCCAACGUGGCAGCGUACAAGAAUUCAUGAACUUUUCUGCUGCUACUAUUGCAGAACGCACCCCAGCUGGUCAACGUCAAAGCGUAGAAAGUGAAAAUAAUGUUGCACAUGUCUAUGCUCAUCCUCAAGGUAUUGCUGGUAUGAUUAUCAGCGACAAAGAAUAUCCCAGUAGAGUCGCAUUCUCUUUACUGAACAAGAUAAUGGAUGAGUUCCUCGUUAAAUUCCCUGUUGAUGUCUGGAGAAAGGCAGAUACACUUGAAUAUCCUGAACUGUUGGGUUAUUUGCAGAAAUAUCAAGAUCCUCAGCAAGCAGAUACUAUCAUGAAGGUUCAAAAAGAGUUGGAUGAGACCACUGCAAUUUUGCAUAAAACUAUUGAUUCAGUUCUUCAACGUGGUGAAAAGUUGGAUUCUCUUGUCGAUAGAUCAGAAGCACUCUCCAGCCAAUCCAAGAUGUUUUACAAGACAGCCAAGAAGACCAACUCUUGCUGCGUCGUCAUGUAG